AUGAUGUUCCGGACAGGAAUCUGGCUUUGGCUCUGCAUUGGACAAAAUGUUCUACGAGGAAGAGGGUUAAAUUUCCAAAAUCAGCAUAGGAAAAAUGACUGCUAUCAAUUUAACAGGUUUCACCGCUCAUUCAGGGAAGCACAGCACUAUUGCCUUCGACAGGGUGGUCAGCUGAUGGCCACUUGGAACCCAGACAUUCAAGAUCAUCUCAAAGAUUACCUGGGAGAAGGAAAGAAGUGGUGGAUUGGGCCUGAUUCAUAUCCACUGAGAAAGCAUAAGAGAAAAGGUGACCCAGAGCAGCUGCUUUACUUACCAGAUGGGGCUCCCCAAGGCUGUAGUAUCCCCUCUGGCAACCAGGAGGCUACACGUAGCCUGCUAACACCUAGGCUGCUUCCCAACCGCAACAGUAUAUGGGUCCUCAGUGAAGAAAUGGGAAACUUUAACAGAUCGAUUCAUGAUUUUCAGUUGGCCCACAAACUGCAGAAAGUGUGUGAGAUCCUCCAGCAGGUGACAGAGUUUGCUUCCCAGUUUUCCAAGACAGUCCAGAGCAAUGCCAGCGAGUCCCUUCUCUACCUGAGUGAGCAGUCACUGAAGGUCCAGUCUCCGAGCUGGAAUUCUUUCAAUCCAAAAACUCCUGUGGUCCUCUGCCUCUCUCACUCCUUCAACGAUGAAAUGGGAGCUUCUGUAUUGAAUGACACUGGGACCCAGCAGGAAUUGAUUCAGAUGGAAGACCUGUUAGAGACAUCUUUGAUCGCCCUGGGGGAGAUACAGGAGGCUCUGCUUCAGGACAGCCAGCCUUCUGAGUCUUCAAUGAUAGUGAUCUCUUCUCUUGCCACCGUGAUGCUAAGAAGCCAAACUAUAUCGACUUUGUCCUCCAGCUCUUAUACUCUUCCUUACCCAGCGUCUAUGCAUGUAGGCUUCUCAUCGGCCACUGCUUUGGACAAACUCCUGAGUAAACACCAAAAUGUAAACAUUCAGGUUACUGGGCUGGCUUUCAAUCCCUUCAAGCAUUUUGACAAGCGGGAUAUUGUUGGAAGUAUUGGAAACGUGUUACUCACCUCUAAUUAUAAAUCUCUGCAAAUCCAAGACCUCUCUGGAGAGGCAGAGAUAACACUCUGGAGAGAUGGCAGCAUAGAAACCUAUCCCACCAGCUUCAACAUGAGUACAGACUGUUUUGUGAUUGCAAUAAACAUCACUUCCCUAGAGGAAUCUCUGAUAGUCUGGGUAAAGCCUGAAAAUCCUCUUUCUAUCACACUCUAUCUUGGCUUCCAAUAUCAACCCAAUAUUACUCAUUUCCAUCUGGACAUCACCCUCCCAAAGGAACAGAUGUGGGACAAAGAUGAGCAGUACUCGUGGGUGCUCUCUCCAGAAAGUCUGCAAUAUGGAACAGGUACCUACUACAUAACCGUUGUGGCAAAUGAAAGCAAGAAGGACCCCAAGCAGACAUUCCUGGGAUUCUCAGUCACCACAGCUGCCACUCAGUGUUAUUUCUGGGACCGUCACAACAAGACGUGGGAGAGCAAUGGCUGCCAGGUAGGGCCUAAGAGCACCAUUAACAAGACCCAGUGCCUCUGCAACCACCUGACCUUUGUCAGCAACUCCUUUAUGGUCUUGCCCAGGACGGUGAAUGUCCAAGACACAAUCAAGCUCUUUCAUGGGGUAACCCAAAAUCCCGUUGGGGUGUCCUUACUGGCCAGCCUUUUGGGAUUUUAUAUUAUUUUCGUUGUAUGGGCCUGGAGAAAAGAUAGAGAGGACAGGAAGAAGAUGAAAGUCACCAUCCUGGCAGACAACUACCCCAGCUCUCGAUCUCACUACCUUAUUCAGGUCUUUACCGGGUAUCGUAGAAGGGCAGCCACAACAGCCAAGGUUAUUCUCAUCCUUUAUGGGUCAGAAGGGCGGAGCGAUCCUCACCACCUGAGUGACCCCCAGAAAGUCGUCUUUGAACGGGGGGCACAAGACAUCUUCCUUCUCAGCACCAGAUCCCCACUAGGGGAGCUGCAUAGCAUCCGGCUCUGGCAUGACAAUUCUGGUACCAGCCCAUCCUGGUAUGUAAGCCGAGUCAUCAUCAGUGAUCUGGCCACAAGGAAGAAGUGGCAUUUCCUCUGUAAUUGUUGGCUGGCUGUUGACCUGGGAGACUGCCAACAGGACCAGAUUUUCACAUCGGUCUCAAAGAAAGAACUCUUUUCCUUUAGAAAUUUAUAUUCCUCCAUGAUUGUAGAAAAAUUCACCCAGGAGCACCUGUGGCUGUCAGUGGUGACCUGCGACCCCUGGAGCCAGGUCACAAGGGUCCAGCGACUAUCAUGCUGCAUGACCCUUCUUAUUUGUAACAUGGUCAUCAACAUCAUGUUCUGGAAGCUAAACAGCCCUGAGGAGGACAGGACCAUGCAGAAUAGGGGACCUUUUGCUGUGACCUGGUCUGAAUUGCUUAUCAGCAUCCAAACUGCUUCCAUCCUCUUCCCAAUCAAUCUUGUCAUUGGGAAAAUCUUCCCACUGAUUCAGCCACAGGAGAAGAUUCCACCUCAUUUCAUUCCCAUUCAGGCAUCUUCCUCCUCAGACACAUCUUUUGGGCCUGUAACUGCUCAAAAAAUGAUUGAGGAGUUGAAGGAAACAGUGGGAUUUUUGCACAUGAAAAAUGCAUGCUCGCCUUCCAAGUGGGAAGGCUCCAACUGGACUUCUGACAGUGUGACAGAACUCGUCAAGGUGUUGUCAAGCCUCAUUCAUUCUCAUCUGGAGAGGCAAGGAGGUCACUGGCAGCAGACAGGGUCACAUCUCACAAAUGAGGUUCCAGAAAAUCUCUGCCAUUUAAACCGUUACCUGCUCAGAGCCCUGGAGAGGCUGCAGUUCCAGUGCAAUACACUUUUGGCAAGGCCAUCCAGAAAGCCCCACGACUUCCUGCACGCGGCCAGCCAGCUACAGAGACUCAGGAAGCUCAUGGAGACCCAGAUUCUCUCCAUGGCUCAGGGUCCACCCAGUGAUAUCACAAGUUUCCCUAUGCUGGACUCAGAGGAAGAGAAGCUUGCUGUCUUGAACUACCUGCCAAAAUGGUCCAUUUAUGUCUGUUGGCUCCUUCUGGGUGUUACAAGCCUAGCCUCCGCCUUUUUCACAGCUCUUUAUAGCCUAAAACUGAACAAAGAUCAAGCGACCAGCUGGGUCAUUUCAAUGGUACUGUCAGUCCUCCAAAAUAUCUUCAUAAUCCAGCCAGUGAAAGUGAUGAUACUCACACUGUUUUUCUCACUGUUGCUGACAAAGAUAUCAUGGCAUAACAAAGAGAAGGAACAGCACAUAAGAAGAAUCUUGGCUCUCCUGGCAAGAUGCCCUUCCUUGUCACCACCUGGUUUAAGAGAUGAGAACAACCCCAUCUAUAGAGUCCCUGCUGUGAACAGCCCAGUUAAAGCUCCAGAAAGAAGCACAAAAGAGAAACAGUUGUACCAACUGGCGAGAGAAAUUUUCGUACAAAUCCUUUUCUUUAUAAUGUUGAUGAUUUCCACUCAUUCAGAAAGGCAUUACAACAAGUUUUACCUCAAUCAAGCCAUCCAGAAAAGAAUUACUAACCACUUUGAAGAGAUCCAACGUAUUAAACAUUUCUACCAAUGGACUAACAACAUCCUUAUUCCUAAUCUGUAUGGGGAUUACAAAGGCCUCAUCGCUGAAGGAAAUUCCUUCCUUAUAGGCAGUGUCCAAAUUCGCCAGAUCCGUCUUCCUGAUACUGUAUCCUUUCCAAAUAGAAUUUCUCCCAGUGAACAAGUAAAGCCCUAUUAUCAGAAUCAUCAGGAGGAUAAAAAGAAUUAUGGAGUUAAUUGGGCCCCCCUUGACCUGAAUAGCACCAAUCAAGACAGCAUUUGGUGUUAUCAGAGUGAGGAAGCCUUGGGUGACUAUGCUAUCCAAGGACGGUUUGCAGUCUACUCAGGCGGAGGCUAUGUUGUUGCCCUUGGGACCAGCUCUGAGGAAGCUAACAGAAUUCUUCAGCACCUGAAGCAAAGCCACUGGCUAGAUAGACGCACCAGAAGCCUAUUUGUGGCAUUUGUUGUCUAUAAUGCUAACAUCAACCUCUUCGGUGUGGUGACCCUGAUCCUGGAGUCUAAUGGUGUGGGUAAGAGCACCUCUUACCCUCCCCUCCCCUCGUCCUUCCACACUCCCUGGUGGGUAAAGGGAAGAUCUGUUUUACUUCAUUUUUUUUUUAGAGCUUUCUUCAGUUCUACCAAAGUGAACAGUUUACAUAUCACUGAGACCCACGAGAGUUUCAUCUGGUUCAUUGCCUCAAACAUUAUCUACUUUCUGCUACUUUUUUAUUACAUCUUCAUACAGGGGAGCCGGCUGAGGCAACAAGGAUGGAAAUACUUCACCAGGAAAAGCAAUGCCCUGGAUACAAGCAUAGUCCUCAUAAGCUUUAUAAUGCUGGCACUCCAGCUGAAGGGUUUUUUCUUGCAUAAAAGAAAUAUGGAGCAAUACCGUCAUAAUAAAAACAGAUUCACCAGCUUCCAUGACAUUGUACAAGUGACCUCUGCUCUCACUUACCUCCUUGGCUUCCUGGUCUUGCUGACAACCAUUCGGCUCUGGAGCCUCCUACGGCUCAACCCCAGACUCCAGAUCGUCAGCACAACACUGAAGAGAGCCUGGGAUGAAGUGACUGGCUUCUUGCUGAUCAUUCUGAUCCUGAUGACGGGCUACUCCAUCGCCUUCAACAUUCUUUUUGGAUGGAGCAUCUCUGACUACAGAACCUUUUUCAACUCUGCUGUAACCAUCGUUGGUCUUCUGAUGGGGAUCUUUGAUUCCCAUGAGGUUGUCACCCUAGACCCAGUCCUGGGGUCCUUCCUGAUCAUCACCAGUGUCGUUCUGUUAGUGUUUGUGAUCGUUAACCUUUUUGUUUCUGCAAUCAUGCUGACCUUCUGCAAGGAGAGAAAGUCCAUAAUGAAAGAAGCACCACUUACAGAAAUUCUGCUGCAAAAACUCUCCAACUUGUUCGGAAUACAGAGGCCUCAAAAGGUAGCAUGGCCAGAGCAAUCAGUCCCAGAAGCAGCAGGUACCAACACGGAAGCUUCAGAGAAUGAACCAGCUUGA